UCGUCAGCAUCCCAAUGUGCUGAUAACCAAUUAGGCAUAUUGUUUAAGUGGUGCUGUCAGUAGAAAAAACAGCGGCGCCGGUAUGACACCCUGUGGAACUCCGUGAAGUUAGCGCAGCCCCUGGCUAUCGAAAAGCACUGUCACCCAGCGCGAGUGAUAAGGUUUAAUUUUUUAUCAGCCGAUGUAAACUAAUUAAUCGUCCAGUGCUUCUAAUUCGAAAAGGAAAAAUAAUAACCUUAAAUUAAUUUAUAUAAUAUAUCAGUUUGAAAACUUAUUUAUUUGUUUACAUAAAUAUAUUUAUUAAAUACAUAAUUAUACUUUGUUAACUUAAUAAUCAAGAGAGAAGUUUUAGUGAGUUCACGUGGAUUACGCUAUCAAACAGAUUUAACUACAGUUUAGAGGAUAAUGUAAAUAUAGGAAAUUAUGAACUACCAGCCUCGCAACUGCAGGUAGAAACAUGAUCGUGUUGGCGAGGUAGUAUGAUCUUCAGCACUUCAACAUGUAGUCUCCAAGGUCACCGUGGGCGGGGUCGAGUCAGGCGUGGGGGUGUGACGUGUCAGGUUGUGAUUGGUCAGUAGCUAGUCACGUGACAUGUUCCCCCCACCACCAGUACAACCACCAGCCCCCUCUCCUAUGCCCUGCGCCCAAUGGGAGCUCGACAUGGACUUACGUCAUCAUAUCCAGCAUUGCGCCUGCACCUGCAACCACAUGGGCUAUGGAAACUAUAUGGACUAUCAGUUUAUUCGCUCCGCUGAGACGACCUGCAUGUCAGAGCACGGUCCUCCAGUGCGGUUGCUGAACGGCGCAGUUCGAUGCAACGGUCAGGCACGCACUCUCCUGGCCACCGCUGGGUCCAUCAGCAGCAGUGACAGCAGUGACGAUGUCAAAGGUCUCUCCUGUUGUUCAGCUAUCCUGGAGGUGCGGCUGCGGCCGUGGGUGGUCACUUGUCUGGUGUGUCUGCUGGUGGCUGGGUUGUGUCUGGGGCUGGGAUGGCCUCUCUCACUCUCAGGGUCUCCGCCCCCUCCACCUCCUAAAGACACUCUGGAGCAGCGCCUAGACAUCGUCCGCAGGAUACUCUCCGAGGUCCCACUCAUAGAUGGACACAACGACUUGCCAUGGAACAUCCGCAGCUUUGUUCACAACCAGCUGGCUUUGUUCAACUUCUCCGUGGACCUGACCGAGGUGGACCCAUGGUCCAGGUCGAACUGGAGUCACACGGACCUUCCAAGGCUGCGGGCAGGACUGGUUGGCGCACAGUUCUGGUCGGCCUACGUGCCCUGCGGCUCGCAGUACAUGGAUGCUGUCCACAUCACUAUGGAGCAAAUAGACGUUAUACGAAGACUAGUCGAGCUCUAUAGCAGAGAUCUGCAGUUUGUCUCUUCAGCCUCAGGUAUUCUAGAGGCUCACAGAGCAGGCAAGAUAGCCAGCCUAGUGGGAGUUGAGGGAGGUCAUUCAUUGGCAAGCUCACUCGCUGUACUUCGCAUGUACUACUCGCUAGGAGCUCGAUAUCUUACUCUUACACACACGUGUCAUACUCCAUGGGCAGGUUGUUGCGUUGGGCAGGACGAGGAGAAUGAUGGCCUCUCACAUUUUGGUUCUUUGGUAGUACGGGAGCUCAACAGACUGGGAAUGUUGGUAGACCUGAGCCACACGUCAGUACGUACUAUGGAGGACGCCCUGAAUGUCACACAGGCUCCUGUCAUUUUUUCACAUUCCUCCGCAUUUCAUUUGUGCAACUCAACUCGCAAUGUGCCUGACCACGUGCUCAAACUAGUGGCCUUAAACGGGGGGAUCGUAAUGGUGAAUUUCUAUUCCAUGUUCAUAACCUGCAAUCAGUCGGCUACUCUGCAGGACGUAAUUGCUCACAUAAACUACAUCAGGAAGGUUGCUGGAGAAGACCACGUGGGGAUAGGAGCAGGAUAUGAUGGUAUUAACUUGCCACCCAGAGGUCUCGAAGAUGUGUCCAGGUACCCUUACCUUUUCGCGACGCUUCUGGAGGACCCGAACUGGGACGAGGCAAGACUGAAAAAACUGGCGGGCCUCAACUUUCUUAGGGUGUUUGCCAAAGCGGAAGAGGUGCGAGACUCCUGGAGCACAGACCCCCAGGCGGUUGCGGAGGAAUUAUACCCUCAAAGAUCCGGUGCGGACUGCGUCGAGGACUCGUGAUCCUCCGAGGAUCUUAACUAGCUUACAGGACCAACCAAUAGUCGCGCUGCUGUAGUAACUCCAGGAUGUAUUGAGGGUAUGCGAUUUGCGUAAAGCACAAUCAAUGAAAGACAUAAAGAUUGUUAGACUCUGCUUAAAUUGCAAAAGCUGCAUCAUUUAAAAUCUUCAAUUAAAUAUGAAAAUAGCUGGAUGAUUUCAAACUUUGUAAUACAUUUUGCAUUGUAUUCUGUUUUUUAAGCUGAAACAAUAAUUGUUUACCCAAAAAGGGCUAAAAAUUUAAUCCAUAAUCUCAAGCCACCCGUAUUAAUAAUUGUAAAACCUUGAAAGUAAUUUCAGUCAGUUCAAUUUGCCUUGGUUGUAACUUAAAAUGACAUAUUUUGCAACAAAUAUGUUUCAAUUAUGAACAAAUCUAAAAUGAAUAGUUUACAUUUAUGGCUUAAACAAUAUUUUGAGACCAAAAGCUAUGCUAUAGCUUAUAAAGGAAUAAAAUUGCUGACGCUGAGUACAAAAGUCUUUCCCAAACUCCAGUGGCAGUUUUAAAGUUUAUCGUAAGAGAAUUAUCCAGUCCCUGAUUGUUUCUUGUUACUAUCUAAAGACAACCCUUUGUCAGAUAGCAUAUUCAUUGAUAGAGAAAUGUACAAGAACAUAUCUGGACCCAGAAUCAAUCCCUCUCUCAAAUCUAUUCAAACUACAGCAUUACCGGUAAUAUUUAAUUUGUAGAUGAGCAUUACAAUCACUACCAAGACAGUUUGAGUUCGACCUUUGGUCGUUGAGCUGGCAUGAAAAUUGCGUACACAUAUCUAAGAAAUUUGAUAUAUUAUAGUUUUAUACCCUCAAUAUGGCCUGGUAUACGAUCAGCUGUGCUGAUUAUAAGUAUUAACCAAUAGUGUAAUGUUAAUAGUUACUGCCAAUGUAUUAUUGCUCAGCCAUAGUUGGUACACAGUCCCGUCGCCUCCCUGAUGCCUAAACUAAACAAUACAUUGUUGGAAUUGUUUUGUACAGCGAAUGAUAAACUCAACUAUUUACAUAUAUGAACACUUUUAACCUCAUUUUUUGCGUACACCUGUAAAAUGUGAAAGUUUUUCAGUCAAUUUUUCAUUUCCAUAUCCAUGAUAAAACUGGCUACAACCUUAACAAGAGAAUGUUAAUUAUACUACCUUGUCAAAGCUUAAGUACAACAUUUUAUAUAAUUGGUAAAUAUUUGAAUAUCAAUCAAAUUUGUAACGUUUAUUUGCAAUUGGUAUGGGGAAUUUACACGAACUAAAAAUAAUAUUCAUAAAUAUAUUAUUCAGAAUUUUGUUAACUUUGUCCACUACAACGAAUAAUCACUAAAACCUCUUAUACCUGUUUAACAUUAUGACACCUCAAAGAUAAUAUGUCUCCCCCAAACCCUUUUAGUAGGUAGAUUUUGUUCGUAACACAUAAAUAAAUUUAUUGAUUAAUUUCUUUACAAAAUGGAGUAUAUUUUUAAUUACUAAUAUUUAUAUUGCUAUAAAUGGUGCUUAAUGUUCCUGGGCUGGCGGCGGGAUUUCUCACUGUUCAAGAACACCCUCUUGCUCUGAUGUUCGUUUCUUGUUUAGUUGGCAAACACAAUAAAAUAUUUUGUAUAAUUUAAACUUCAGCGUGUCAUUUAAUAAGACUGUGUUUGCCAACUGAACGAAAAACAUUUCGUAGUGUAAAAUAAUCCUGCCAGAACCCUGGAUUUCUAUCUUCAUCGUCCCAAUUCCUUUAUACCUUUCGUCCGGGUUUUAGGAGGGAGUGUACUUUUGUAUUACGGUGAUGAAUGUAAAAAUCCGAAACAUAGGAAGGGGCGUCAAAUGUGAAGUAGGUGUGUAGACUUACUAAUAUAUGUUUUUCCACCAAUUUGAAAAAGUAAAAUUAAAUAUUUUAACAAUUAUUUAGAGGAAAUUAAAAUUGUACAGCUUUAACAUUGUCUCAUUGCUGUUAUUCGAAGUAUAAGUACUGUAGGUUGUAUUUAACCAAAAUUAUCUUGGCUUUCGAUGAAAGAUAUCUUUAAACAAAGACAGUACUUGUCACCAAAUUUACUUAUUUUUACUUGAUAUUAAAACCACUGGAUAACGAGGCUUCCGAACCAUCGAGUUGCAACAUUACCACUUAGAUAAAGAUGGUGAUUGGCGUGAUUUGAAUCCAGAUUUUUAAGACAUAAGUCCCAACUCAUUCUAUUUUGGUGAAAAAUGAUAUAGGCCUACUAUUGAAAACAACUAAUCAACAAAAACCAGUGGUUGUAGAUUUUCUCUGAAGGUGUCCUGUUCAAACUAGUCUUAACUUUUAGAAUGUAGCAAAUGCAUUGCAUUGUUAGUGAUAAAAAAAACUAAGUCAAAUAUGGCUUGAAACAAUAUACUAAUACUUUUUAAGUCCUUUACAACUAAAACCCAUUGUUUAUAACAGAACCAUGGACAACGCUCUUGUAAACUGUAUGUAACUGUAUUAUUGUUUCAAAAUCAACUUUGGAUACUACCCGCUUUUUGGCGCCUCUUCAUAAAGCAGAUAUUAGGUAGUAUUUAAGUGUUUUGGAUUGCGUUUUGUUCAUUUGGUCGAUUUUUAUCCCAGCGAUGCGUCGGCUCCUGGGGGCGUAAUAUUAUCUAACCACGGCGGUUCGCCCGUCAACUUCAGUGAAUGUUAUGUGUUUUGUUGUCGACCUUACUGUAUUGUACAUUGACUCAGUGGGGGAAACAAUGGUGCAAGGCCACGAUUUUCUGUCAUGGUUCCCCUACUACACGAUAGCGUAUAUAAAUUGUUGCCACAUUUCAUAGUUUAACCUAUCCUAUACUGUGUAUUGUUUUAUAAGAUUAUUUUAGGAGGUUGUUUUAUAGAAACUGAUACAAUCAUAUUUAGAGAGAGUUUUAUAAGAUGUUACUGUUUGACGUGAUUAAAGGAGUGAUUGAGAGAUGGUUCAUGGUGGCUUGUUGGAAAAAUUAGUUAUUUGCGAAUAUGAAUUUUGACGAUUUACUAUUUUUUACAGUCCUUGGAAACUAGUUUUUCGUAUUUGUUUUUGAGGGUUUAGAUUGAUGUUUAAAUGUAGUGUGGAAGUUUCAAUUAAUUUAUUUUCAUAAAAUAAAUGUCAUUACAAUUUCACGUAGAUGUUACAGUUAAGGUUCUAAGUAGUCUUAAAAAAUUAUCUUUAAGUUUACCAAUAUAGGAAACACAGAAAAAAAUACAUAAAACAGAUGUCAAACCUCCACAUACACACAAACACACCAUAAAAUACACUCAAAAAUACUAAAUGAAUACAAUGAAUUCACUAUGAUAUACAGCACACGAUAGAACACUCGGAAAAAAGUAAACCAAACAAAAGUAAAAGAAAGAAAACCUAUAAAAAAUAAACAAAAGAUAUACAAAUUAAAAUGUACUAAAAAUAUUAAUCAAAGUACAUAAGAAAAACAGUUUUUCUCUUAUAUAAAUAACCAUUGUAAGUAGUUCGUUAAAAUGAAACAGUUAUAUUAUAAAUAUUUUAGACAAUGCAGACUGAAUUUCCAACAAGCCACUACUAGAAUGUUUUAAAUGUGUUGCCUAGAAGGCCUACGUAUUCGUUUUAAUUUCUCAAUGUUCUAGCCGAUGUCCUAGAGCUUGGGCCGUUUCUGUUCGUAUGACUGUGAAUAAACUCUAUAUAAAUAGUUAUAAAAUAGGAUUUCUUAAAUUUUGUACCUGAAUAUUUUAACAGUGUACAUAAACUAUGGUACAUAAACUGUUUAUUACGUAGUAUAGUUGUAAUUUUAUGUAGAAUAUAUAUCUGGUUUGUUCGGAACUACGUUAUAAAGCAGACACUGUGGUAACUGUAGAUGGUUUAAUUAUUCUAAUUUUCAAAAUAAAAAACCACGCAAUUUCAUCUUGAUAGAAAACAUAAAAUAAAAUACUUUUACGAGAUAACUUAUUCUGUUAGCAUUUCACAAGCUUGAGCACAUCUCGCAAAUUAUUACGCACGCUUUCAGACUCGACUAGAUAAAAAAAAAUUAAUAUUAUGUUACGGAUUUUAUUUUGAAGACACAUUGUUUACAAUCUUCUGUCUUUUUUAAAAUUUGUGCUAAAAAAUCAUCCCAUGUUAUAAUACAGUAAUUAGAAACAGUUGAAAUAACAGAUUUAAAAUGUAAUGCCUCUUAUUUAUCUUGCUUUGUGACAAAAAAAUAUAAUUUACAAAUAUAAUUUUACCAAAUUAAAGAAGCUAUGCACUUGCGAAAGUCAUUAAUAUUUAAUGAUAAUUUACUUUAUCCUUAGACAUGUAUACUAUUUAGUUGCAUAAAACCUUGUAAAACAAUUUAACAAAUAAAUGUAUU